AUGGUAGGUACCGAGAUGAAUGGCGCCACGAGGGUGAUUCCCGGAUCGCAUUUGCGCGAGGAUGUGAAUCUCGACAUGACACUGAAGAGAACACGGGCGCAAGAGCAGGAGGUUGGCUGGACGCCCAGUGAGGAGGACUGCGUGCUGGCAACCAUGCCCCGUGGCAGUGUCCUCCUCUACCCUUCUGCGACCGUCCACGGGGCAUCAGCCAACCGCACCUCGCAGGGAUUUCAACAUUUAGGGUUUAGGGUGUAG